AUGGAUAUAUUUUUAAGACCUUUGGUGGAUGAAUUAAAGGAGUUGUGGAAUAAUGGGGUAGCAACGAGAGAUAGUUCGACCAACUCGAUGUUCACCAUGCGUGCUGCGCUUUUGUGGACAGUGAAUGAUUUUCCUGCUCGUAGUAGCUUGUCUGGGUGGAGUGGUCAAGGUUACAAAGCUUGCCCUACUUGUAAUGAAGACACGACGUCCAUUCGAGUGAUCGGGAAGACAUCAUAUGUUGGUCAUCGAAGGUUCUUGCCAAGUAACCAUGCAAUGAGAAGGGAUACUCGAUUUGAUGGUAAAGUUGAAAGAAGACCUCCUCCAAGACGAUUUACUUGUGAAGAAAUAUUAUCACAAGUUAAUGCUCUCGAACCCCAAAUUCCCGGACAUCAUGAAAAUUUUGGGGGCGUGAAACGUAGAAGAGUUGCAGAAAAUUGUAAUUGGAGGAAAAAAAGUAUUUUCUACGAGUUGGAGUAUUGGAGCACGAAUAUUUUAAAACACAACAUUGAUGUGAUGCAUGUUGAGAAGAAUGUGUGUGAUAGUCUCCUAGGAACCAUCUUGGAUAAUGAUAAAUCAAAGGACACAACCAAUGCGCGCCAUGAUUUAAAGAAGAUGGGUAUUAGGGAAUCGUUGUGGAUUUAUGAAGAUGGGAAUGGGAGGCUAAUGAAACCGCAUGCUCCUUAUGUUUUGACUCGUGAGAAAAGACAACUUUUUUGUCAGUUUGUUAAAGGAAUAAAGUUUCCCGAUGGCUUCUGUUCAAAUUUAAAGAGCAAAGUUUCUCCAGAUGAGUCUAACAUUAUUGGGUUAAAAUCCCAUGAUUUUCAUGUCAUUAUGCAGCGAGUACUAGCGGUUGGUGUCCGUAAAUUUCUACUGCGUGACACUGCAACAACUAUUACUCAGCUGUCGAUAUUGGGUGGCCCGGUCUUUAUGAGAUGGAUGUAUCCUUUUGAAAGGUACAUGAAAAAAUUGAAGAAUUAUGUGGGAAACAAGGCACGUCCUGAAGGGUCAAUUGCAGAAGGUUAUGUUGCUGAUGAGGCAGUAACCUUUUGUUCAAUAUGCGCCUUCUGUUUGUCGCUAUCUCUCGCUUUUAAUUCUCAAUCUCGUCCUUUAACUAGCGGACUUAUCAAGCCUCUUGAUCAUAUCAGUCGUGAAAAAGCUGAGUGGUACAUUCUUCAAAAUUCUCCUGAAAUCCAAGCUUACUUAGAUGAACAUUUGGACAAGAUCAGGCAUGAAUAUCCUAAUGGUAAUCACGAUGUCUUGCAUAGGCAAACUUUCCGUCCGUGGUUUCAUAAGAAGAUAUAUGAGUUGCACAAGCUUGGAACUUUACAAAAUGGUGAUGAGUUACUCGCUCUCGCUUCCGGGUCCGAUUACUUAGCAACAUUUUACGAAGGUUGUGUAGUGAAUGGUGUUCGGUUUAUUGCAUCAAAGCGAGACCAAAAGCGGAAGACACAAAAUAGUGGUGUUACUGUUGCUGGAACUGAAGGGUUUAAUUAUUACGGCACACUUGAAGAUGUAAUCACUAUAUCUUAUACUGGUGCAUAUACAGUGUCAUUGUUUGAAUGUAAAUGGUAUAACACUAAUCCAUUAAGAAAGAAGACAAUCACUGAAAAUAAUAUAACUAGUAUAAAUACUCGUGGAUAUUGGUAUCAAGAUGAACCGUACAUCCUUGCUAACCAGGCGAAGCAAGUUUUCUAUCUUGAAGAUCCACUCAGAGGUCGCGAUUGGAAGGUUGUUGAAGAUAUUAGCCAUCGACAAAUUUGGGACAUUACUGACAACGAAGAUGAGACUGAUGUAGAUGUUGUUAGUGAUUCUAACUCUGCCAAUUUUGUGUUGACGGUUGAUCUUGGAGAGUUGAUUAUGCAAUCGAAUGAACCUCCAGUAAUUGUUGAAUCAUCCGAUCAGUUAGUGGAUUCUGAGAUAGAGAAUAAUGAACUUGAUGAAAAUUAUGUUGCUGAAGAAGUAGAUGAUUUACUAGUUGAACAUGUGGAGGAUGAAAAUGUAAACUUAGUGAAUGAUGGAAAUGAUAGUGAUUCUUCAGUGUAACUUUUAUUUUGUAAACAUUUGUUACUUAAAUUUUUUACAAUUAAAGGACUAUUUUAUUUCUUUCGCAUUAACAUUUGUGUGAUAUUUCAAUUAUGUGUUUCACAUUUGUGAAUUCUUACAUUUUUUUCCGUCUUCAAAGUAAAGUAAAAUGUCAGCUACGUUAGCGACAUACCACGGUG